UCGAUGUAAAACUUUGUUUUGUUGUACGCUAUAACCGGACUGACUCCACUGCCGUAAACUGAAGCUUUACGUCAAUAUUACGUCAGUUGCAGUCAGUUAGCGACAGUUAGACAAUUAGUUGUCGGAGUUUAAAUUUUACAGCUCGGCACGAAGUGUGUGGUAGCGCUGAAACAUGUGUGAUUGAUUUAAACUGAAGUUUCCUUUGUGCCCGGACACGAGUGCGAAUCUCUGAGAAGCCAGGCGUGUUUCGUACGAGCAGCUGUUCAGGUCUCCAGUCCUUCGCUAUUAUACUGUUCUCUAUGGGAAACAGCAGCUUUGAGGAUGAACAAGCUUUCUGUGGCAGAUAAAGCUGCUGAGCGCAGGGUAAACCANUGGGUGGAUCCGUCCUUUAUUGAUUUGAGAGAGGAAUGUUCUUCUCUUUCUGGAAGAAGAAAUGGCAACCCUGUUUUAUGCUCCAAGGCUGAGAUAAAGAGGAAGAGGAAAAGAGAAGCUAGCGUCUCCUACCUGCUGAAAGAGUCGUCUCAACUGGACCAGAAUGAGCCCUGGGUGGACAAAUACUCACCCCGCUCACAGGUCAGCACCUUUGCUUGUCAUGAGUGGAUCAGUCCCACAAACAUAGAAGCGUACAGCAGCAGUCAUGAGUGGCGAAUGAACGGCUUCUCCUGCAGCUCGCAGUCGUCACAGUUCCAGGAUUUCCUGCUCAGAGCCAACAAAUACAGCUGCCUGAAGAUGGCAGGAGAUGGAGGAGUCACGCACAACAAGCUCAUCCUAGUGGAGAUGGAGGGCUCGUACAGAGAGGACAGCCCCUCGUGGUUCCUCUGUGCUACUGACCAGCUGCGUUUUGUGAGGACCAGUCAGCGCCCCCUGCUGUUCAUCGUGUCAGACAGCCUGAGUGGAGACAGCAGUUCACGCUUCCUUUUCCCCAAAGACGUCCAGGAGGAGCUGGGCAUGAGCAGCAUCAGCUUUAAUCCAGUGGCUCCGACUGCAAUGAUGAAGGUUCUCACUUGCAUUUCCACCCAGGAGGCAGCAAAGAGCUGCAGAAGCGUGUGCGUCCCAGACCAGACGCUGUUGGAAACGCUGUGUUCAGGAAGCUCUGGAGAUAUUCGCAGUGCCAUCAACAGCCUCCAGUUCUCCUGUUUGGCCACUGAUAGCUCCGCGUCAGUGGAAACAGGUUUGUGGAGGACAAAGAAGGACCGGUCAGUGUGCAGAGCUGGCUCCACAACAAGUCAAAGGAAGAAGAAGUCCAAACAGGAAGAGGAGCUCGCCAUCGGAGGGAAGGAUGCCGCUCUCUUCCUGUUCAGAGCACUGGGAAAGAUCCUGCACUGCAAACGAGAGAAACACGAACGUGCUGACGGAGCUGAGGCUGGUUGUGGGCGUGGUCUACCCUCCCACCUGCUGCAUCAUCACCGAGCAGCCUUACUAGUCGACCCCGAGCUGGUUGUUGAGCGUUCUCACAUGUCCGGAGAGUUCUUCAGCCUCUACCUUCACCAGAACUACUUGGACUUCUUCUGUGAGCUGGAGGAUGUGGAGAGAGCCAGCGAGUAUCUGUCUGAUGCUGACCUUCUCACUGCUGAUUGGACGAAUCGCAGCGUUUUGGGGGAUUAUGGGUCGUCAGUGGCCACGAGAGGCCUCCUUCACUCCAACUCUCAGCUGGCGUCGGUUGGCUUCAGAGCCCUGCACAAACCCAGCUGGCUGCUCGUCAACAGGAAGCACUGGGAGAACUGUGUGGCUGCACAGUCCUUGUUCCGGAGCUUUUGCCUGACUCCGGUCAGCCUGCAGACGGAGCUGCUUCCAUACUUGGCCAAACUCACCAGCCCUAUGAGGAACCAAGACCAAAUAACAUUUAUCCAGGAUGUGGGGCAGAUGUCACUGAGGAGAUUCUCCAGCAGAUUAAAACCAGAGGCUCUGACAGACAAAGAAUCAGGCGAGCUGGAAAUGGACAGUGAGGUGGAGGAGGAGGUGAAAGAGGCAGGUGGUGCUGAGGAGGGUCUGCCAGCCAGCCAACCCCAGCCCACCUUAAAUCAAGUCCUCCUGGAGGACGAAGACCUGACCAUAGAGGAAUACAUCAGUGACUGAGCCCUCUGUACUGAUGCGUUUGUGUGUUCUAGAGGAAGUUCUCUGCUUUGUGAAUAAGUUGUUAAAGUUGGUACUUUUCUAAGUCAAACCCACGGUGGCCCCCAGCGUGACUCCCAGCAGACCCAGCUCCUCCCACAGAUGAGUGUUUCUGCCUCUGGGGUAUCACCUGCAUGUCAUCCUGUAGUUUUACACAGGCUGAUAAUCCUGAGGAUCAUCCAUCUUUACAAUAAUCUAAAAAUCUCUCAAAGUGAAGCUAAAUUAUUUGGUUCUGUCAGUUAAACUCAUUAUUUAUUGGUUUUGCUGAGUGACUGUUCCCCGUUACAGUCUGUGUUUAGUCAAGGAUCAAGUGUAUGAAUAAAUGUAAGAAAUGAA